GAGGAGCGACGCGCAGAAGAAGAAGAAGCAGAAGAAGAAGAAGAAGAAGAAGAAGAAGAAGAAGAAGAAGAGAAGCUAACGCACCAACUCACCAACUCGAGAUCUGAAGAUGUCGUCAGGUGCUCUCUUUCCCAGUCUGGCCAGUGGCACCAGAGGAAGCUCCAGCAAGUAUCUGGUGGAGUUCCGAGCCGGUAAAAUGACCCUGAAGGGAAACGUGGUGACGCCGGACAAACGCAAGGGCACGGUGUACGUCCAGCAGUCGGACGACUCGCUGAUCCACUUCUGCUGGAAGGACAGGACCAAUGCCAACGUGGAUGAUGACCUGAUCAUCUUCCCUGAUGACUGUGAAUUUAAGCGUGUGAGCCAGUGCACCACGGGACGCGUCUAUGUGCUGAAGUUCAAAGCCGGAUCCAAGAGACUGUUCUUCUGGAUGCAGGAGCCGAAGACGGACAAGGACGAGGAGAACUGCCGUAAGGUGAACGAGUACCUGAACAACCCCCCCAUUCCCGGGGCGCCAGGCAGCGGGGGGGGCAGUGGCCAUGAACUCUCAGCGCUGGGAGGAGAGGGAGGCCUGCAAAACCUACUGGGAAAUAUGAGCCACAACCAGCUGAUGCAGCUGAUUGGACCAACCGGACUGGGUGGACUGGGAGGCCUGGGAGCUCUAGCAGGACCAGGACUCGCCAACCUGCUGGGCGGGGGGGGACCGGCUACAAGCAGCUCCUCAUCCAGUUCUCGUAGCCAAUCAGCAGCAGCCACUCCUUCAUCAGGCGGAGCCCCCAGACUGAGCUCCUCUCAGGCCCCCACCACCCCCGUGACCCCCGCUGCCUCAGCUGUGUCACCCACUACUGUGGCUCCCUCCACACCAGCCUCAGCUCAGACUCCUCUGGUCCCAGCCUCCGUUGGAAGUCCUGGCUCCCACCAGCCCAUCCAGCUCAGUGACCUUCAGAGCAUCCUGGCCACCAUGAACGCAGCCACGGCGUCUGCUCCAGGAUCAGCAGUGGAUCUGGCCAGUGUCUGCACCCCCGAGAUGAUGGCUCCCAUCCUCACUAAUGCUGAGGUCCAGCAGAGGCUCCUGCCCUUCCUCCCCAGUGGAGAGAGUCUACUUCAGAGCGCUGAGGAGAUCCCCAACACUCUGAACUCUCCUCAGUUCCAGCAGUCGAUGAGCAUGUUCAGCAGUGCCUUGGCCUCCGGGCAGCUCGGGCCCCUGAUGACUCAGUUCGGUCUGCCGGCCGGCGCUGUGGACGCCGCCAACAGAGGAGAUGUGGAGGCGUUUGCCAGUGCCAUGCAGAGCAGUAAAGGAGACUCGAAGGACAAGAAGGAGGACGACGAGGACAUGAGUCUGGAUUAGAGCUCCAGCUGCUGAACUCCUGGGACUCCUGCUCUCCUUUCUUUCAGUUUCUCUCCCUCUCUUCCAGGUGCUCUGGUACUUUCCUAAACCAAAGGCACAGAGCGGAUCCAGCUCCUCCUCUGACCUCAUGCAGACUGUUUCACUCUGAAGGAGACUUUUAUACACAACUGAGGACUCAGCCUUAAAUGUGAUGUUUCUUUUCUUUCUGUGUUUCUGUUGUAAAAACUUCAGGAGCCUGAGUUCAUCCUUAAUAAAUAAAAUCAACUAAGAUAAAA